AUGCUGGAGACGAUGUCCAGACGUAACCGCUCCCUCCUGUCCCUGUCCCUCACCUCAUUGGCCCUGACGCUGUCGGUGUCCGCCUUCUGCACGUCCUAUUGGUGCGAAGGUACGCACAAGGUGGUGAAGCCACUGUGUCUGUCACCUGUGAAGAUGAAGAACUGUGGCAUGAACAACAGCCAGCCCUACACCACAGAGGCCCCCACCCCAGACCCAAAGAGCCCCCCCUCCAACAUGACGCUGUCCCCCCUGCAGAGGGAGGAGCUGGCCCGGAUCAGGAGGAAGCAGAUGGCCAACGCCGUGCACUACAUCUGGGAGACAGGCGAGGACAAAUACAUGCUGCGAUACUUCCACACCGGCUUCUGGCUGUCCUGUGAGAAACACAACGAAGGUGACGACCAGGAAGAAAAGUGUCGCAGCUUCAUCGAGUUGACUCCAGGAGAAACCCAAGGUGUCCUCUGGUUGUCGGUCAUCAGUGAGUUCAUGUACAUCGGUCUGUUGUCCAUGGGUUUCCUGUUGAUGUGUGUGGAGUUCAUCUGUUUGUGCGCAAAGAGAGAAAUGAACGCCCUGAAGAUCAACGCCUUCGCCGCCAUGUGCACCGUCCUAUCAGGUAUGAUGGGCAUGGUGGCACACAUGAUGUACACCACAGUGUUCCAGAUGACUGUCAGCAUCGGCCCUAAAGACUGGAGGCCUCAGACCUGGGACUACGGAUGGUCCUUUGCAAUGGCAUGGCUGUCCUUCAGCUGCUGCAUGGCGGCCGCCGUGGCAACGCUCAAUUCCUACACCAAGACCGUCAUCGAGACGAGGCACCGGGCCAGAGUGAGGAUGGAGGAGGCGAGGGCCGCCGCCCGGGCCCCGUCCUAUGAGGAGGUGGUUCGAGCGGGAGGCGGAGCCGUAGGCGGAGGAGUUUACUCCGUCAGCCAGCUGAUUCAACUGGGCCAGCAGGGGGUACUCAUGGACCCUCUGUGGCCCAGAGGAGUGGGCCCGGCGGUGGGACCGCUGGCAUGUGGGGCCGGAGGAGCGCUGCUGGUGGGCGGAGGAGGGAUCGGAGUGGGUGGGAUGGGAGCGGUAGGGAUGGGAAUAGGAAUGGGAGGAGCAGGGGCAGGAGGAGGAAUGGGAGCUGGAGUUAUGGGGGUCGGAGCUGUAGGAGCCGGAGCGGUAGGAGUGGGAGGGAUGGGGGUGGGACCAAUGGGAGAACGGCUGGUGGACCCCCAUGGGGUGGUGGUGGUGGAGGGGUGUGGAGCAGAGGGUUGUGAAGACUGUGAACGGGAGAUGGACGAAAUGGAGUACGCCCUGCAGGACGACACCGAAGGGUCACUGUGCUAAAAGGUGGACUAGAGGACAGUGACAAAUGGAGGAACCAUCAGAGUCGACGCUUCAUGUUUCAGUGACUUCACUGAACUCUGAGACUGACUUUGGAUCCUUCCAAAGUCUUUAACAGUUUCUCGUGGCCAGAACAGACCCAGAGUUAAAACCCCUGAAGCACAGGACAGACCCGGAGUUAAAAUCCUAACUCUAACAAUCACAUCUUCAAUCUCACCAGCAGAUGUCAGUAGUUUCCCAGCAAUGAACAGAUUUGUACAAAGAGUUCAGAAUUAUGAUGAAACGACUGAAACAACUGUUACACAGCAGAUGGUACUGAUGUUAUGGAUGUUACUGCUGUGAUUGUGGUUAGCGUGUUACUUUGUUGGAAACUCUAAGUCUGAAUUUUUUCGGUCUCAUUUUUAUAAUUUUAUUGUUGACUUGAUCUGAUCACAAACAAAAUCGAACUCAGCUGAGGAUCCGCAGCCCAAGUGGGAAAUGGACCCUGAACAAUGCACCUCACUUUUAUAAUCCUUGUAAACUGAUCUUCAAACUCUGGGCUGAACCCCUAGGUGGCCGUGGUCACAGAACAUGGACUGGUGUCAUAUGACUCUGAAGUCAAGCAGAUGAAAUUCCUCAACUCAAUGUAAAAGCCCAUAAUGAGCAUAAUGUGUUUCCCUUUUAUCUGUUGUUGUUUCCGAUCGUCGGUGGGCGUGUGUAUUUAAAAGUGUGUCUAAGGUAAAGUCCUGUGAUCAUAAAUGUGUCAGUUUAGUUUGUGACUAAGAUGGGACCUAUCCUAAGAACUGGACCACUGACCUAAGAACUGGACCUCUGACCAGUGAAACAAAGAACAUCGAGUGACACAAAAGAAUCCUGACCAAUACUCACUAACGCGAUUAAACCCACGAAUUCAACCAUCCAAAUUCAAAUCAUAUUUCAUUGUUCAGUAAUUGUUCCUAAACUGUGGAAUAUCCUUCCUGACAUUGAUGUUUUGGUAUUUUAUUUAUUUUACUCCAUUUUGGUUUAUCUUGUGUAGAUUUUAUUAUCUGUUGUUUCUUUUUUUUAUUUCUAU